AUGUUAACAAUAGCGAAUGACGUGAACAAUGAGAAAGAGACGGGCCCAUUCACUUUAACUGACAUUAAGUAUCCAUUGGGCACGUGGCAAUGGCAACAUGCUCCUCUGAAACUGAAAGCUAUCAUAUCUGACCUAAAUAAAUCAGCCCAAGAAAGACGUAGAGCUUGUUUUAGUUAUUGUUUAGUUCCUAACUUAAAAGUGAUAUUAAUUCACUGGUCGAAUGCUUUAUAA